UUUUUAUUUUUUUAUUUUUUUUUUUUUGGUUUUUCUGUAGAUGAGUACUUGCAUUCACGAAUCUCUAACCCUUCCUUCAAUUACAAUCGCACCUCCUGCCCCAAUGCUCGACCAUCUCUGCCGCUUCUAUCGCCUCAACACGGGGUACGAAAAGACUCUCCGUCUCAUCCAGGCAAUAUGUCUCGUCACGCUCGAACUCGGGGUGCUGGAUAAACUCACCACCCAACGGGUUCUCGCCGCCAAAUCACAAAUAGCAUUGAUCCGCCGCUGCAUCCGCUUUUGGAACUUCCUCGAUUGCUUCAACCGUGUCUCCGCCCUUUUGGGCGCCGCAGCAUCCGACUCUCGCACCCCCCGCCGCCAUCCCCCCGCGCCCACAGGGGGGAUGUGGUUCAUCGAGGUCGCCAAGUGGAGUUGCUUUGGCGUGUAUUUCCUCCUAGAGGAUCUGACGUUGCUCCACGCGGCAGAGAUCUACCCCGUACCCUGGGCAAAGACCGUCGUUGGCGAGGCGUAUAAAUUCUGGUUUUAUGCGUUGGCGCUGUCGCUUCUCGGGGCGGUGUGGGAGUGGAGUGGCCUCGUUGGGGGUGGUGCUGGUGCUGGUGGCUCUGGUUCUGUUUCGUCAAAGGCGGCGAACAGGGGGAAGAAGGGCGGGAAUGGUAAGGCUGGUGGUGCUGGUGCUGCUGGAAAGAGGAAGACUGAGGCUGGUGGUGCUGUGAGCAGAGCUCGGAAGUCGGCGUUGGUGAAGAGGGUGGUUGUUGAUGGGUGUGAUUUGCUGAUUCCGGGGACGUAUCUGGGGUGGGUGGUGGGGAUGGGGCAGUUGCAGGUUGGGGUGGGGAUGGUGGUUAGUACGCUUGUUUCUUUGAGGGAGAUCUGGAGCAGUGUUUAG